AUGGAAUCAAAAUAGAAAGAAAGGUAGACAGAUAGACUGGUAAUUAAAUAUUUCGAUAAACGGAUCGAAUGACAAGGUCGAAAAAAGGCGAUAUUCGAAAGAAAGGUCCGUGUUACAAUUAAGUAACUCGUAGCAAGGACGCGGCCCAGUACGAGACGAUGGUUCCUCCAUGGUGCUGAUGAUCCAACCAUUGCUGGUUGGUCGUGUUGGGCGUGGUCCGAUUUCUUGCUCAAUUUCGCAUCGCUCCGUGGCCGCGAAUCGGUUGACCGUCGAAAGAACCGUCACCCGGUUACGUCAGCUGCCCCGUAGGCCCUGUUCCGUCGAGUAUAAAAGCCGAAAAACAUCCAUCCAUAGCAUCAUUCGCAUCACAAACUAGCAGAUCGACAGAUCUACCAAUUCACUCGAAGAACAAUGGCCUUCAAGUUCAUAGUCCUCGCUGCCCUCGUGGCCACCGCUAAUGCCGGUUUCAUCCAAUCUGGUCCUGUAGCUUAUGCUGCGGCACCAGUAGCGGUGGCUCCAGUAGCUAAAGCUGUAGUAGCUAAGGCUGUUGAUGCCGACUACGACCCACAUCCCCAAUACAGCUACGCUUACGACGUCCACGACAGCCUGACUGGAGAUGCUAAGAGCCAACAGGAGACUCGUGAUGGCGAUGUCGUUCAGGGUAGCUACUCUCUUCUCGAAGCUGAUGGCUCCAGACGCACCGUCGACUAUACUGCAGAUCCCGUAAAUGGAUUCAACGCCGUUGUACGCAAAGAACCUGUCACCGUUGCCGUCAAGGCCGUAGCAGCUGCUCCAGUAGCUCACGUCGCAACCCCAGUUGCUCACGUCGCAACCCCAGUCGCUCACGUCGCCCACGCCGCUCCUCUGGCCUAUGCUGCGCCUGUAGCUAAAUUUGCUGCAGCUCCCGUUGCCCACGCCGCUCCUCUCGCCUACGCCGCACCUGUUGCCAAGUUCGCCGCUCCUCUCACCUACGCCGCACCCGUAGCUAAAUUCGCAACCCCUGUUGCGUACGCACAUGCAGCCCCGGCCUUCUAUCACUGAACCGAUCUCUCCACUCGUCUCUUGUUAGGAAUAAUGUUUGAUCAAUAAAUUUGUUUUUUAGCAACUACAUCCAAAAAUUGUCUUUCUCUUUAAAUCUUUAUAUUGCCUUUUUACCUUAUCACCAUAUUUUUUUCAUAUUCAGCAUUUUCUUAUUGUCGUAAAAAAGUGUUCAUAUCAAUUAAAAGUUUUACGACUUUAAUUAACAUCUCUCCGUGUGAUCCCCUAAAAAGAAAACGAAAGUAGAAAUUUGGUAAACGAGCUCGAUUUGCGCCGUUUCAUGGGCAUCGUUUUUCGAAUACUUUCUCCAACAACGCUAAGUACCAAUUAUUGCACAAUAUAACCACGCCCCACACCUC